UUAUUGAGAUUGAGAUGUUCAAAAUCUUGUUACUUUCAUAUCUGAGAUAAGUUUUUAAGUAUAUGAAUACCUUAAUAAUUGUUAAAUCAUAGGGGAAAUUUCACAGAACAUGGAUAUAGAACCCCAAAACUUUUUUCAAAUUUUGUGGGAGCACUCAAGAGAUAAUCUUAGAGGCCCCACAGAGUGUCAAAGAUUGCUUGCCAUUUUAAAUUACAAUUUAACUGAGGAGCAACUGAAUGAAUCCUUAAUUGAUCUUUACCUGUUACACCUAUUUGAUCAGAAUGUUGGCCUAUUCAAGUUCUUAUUGGAUGUAUGUUCUAAUAGCAAGUUUGACAAUGCCAGCUCAAAAGCUUUGGAAAUUAUUUACACUCUUAUCAAUAAUUUUCCAAGAAAAGUUGAAGAGUACAUUUUGGAUAUCAAUGAUAAAUGUCUUAGAAUGCUACAGGUUAAGGCUGCAGCAAAAGUUAAAACUAGAAUUUUGGAUGUUUUACUUAUAAGCAUUGAAAAAAUAGACAAAUGUUUGGAGAAUCAGCAGAGAUAUAUGGACCUUUACCAUGGGAUAAACUUUUGUUUAAAACAAGAAAUUCAUCCAGAUUCUGUGAGGAGCAAGGAAUUUAUACUUAUAGGCUUGCUUUGCAAAAGGCUUAGUUACUUAGAAGGCAUUAUACAAGACUCGGAAAAUAUUAAAAAGUACUUCUACACCCAGUUGGAUAAGCAAAUGUUCAAGGGAAAAUUACAAUCACAGUAUAUUAUACAUGGUAUAUUUACUGGUCUAUCAUACUUUUGUGAAGGCUUCCCCUUGAACCUAAACCUUCCGGAAAAUGCAGUGAUAGCAAAGAAACUUUAUGACUACAUUGAAACAUUAUCAAACAUCACUUGUGAUGUUAAAAUAAGAGUCGGAAACAGAGCUGCCAUAGCUUUCCUAGCCUCUAACAUGAAGAUAUUUAUGAAAUCUGUGGUUACAAAGUACAAGCAAUGGCAUAAAAAACUGCUAAUGACUUGGCUCAGCUCUGGAUUAGAAGAGAAAAAAGCUGGGGAGGAAUGUCUUAGAAUAUUACUCUUAAAUAUGGCAGAAACUAUUGCUAGAAUGAAUAAAGACGAGUGCUUACCCAUGUUAAAGCAUUUUAUUGGUUGGUUUAAAGUGACACUAAAAAAUACAAGUUCUACCUAUGUCGAACGGAAGCUAUGCUUACAGGGUCUAAAGUAUUUUUGUGAACCGAUGCAUAAGCAUUAUACAAAAGGGGAAGCUAGGGAGGUGUUUAUUUUGAUAAUGGAAAUUUUUGAAAAGAGUUACAUUCUUAAUUCUAACUUUGAAAAUGAAGAAUGGGAAUUUUUGCCGGAAUAUGUUCAGUGUUUAGCUAGUUUUAUGAGGUUUCAACGUUUUUCAAAUUCAGAAAUCUACUGCCUUCAGAGAGCGGUGAUCAGUAUGAUUAAGACAUUUUACAGAUUAAAACCGCUUCAUCAUUUAGUGGUGAUUGAUGCUCUCGUCACCACAUUAUUUUAUUUAAAGGAUACCAAAGAAUUCAAUGCGUUUCUGGAAAGCACGGUUUAUCAGGGGGUCGUGUGGAGCUGUUCUCACCAACACUUGACAGAAUCUGAGCUUGAGACUGAAGACACUAAAAUAAUAACCGUAAAAAACUAUUUUCCACUGUGGCGUGGACUAUUAAAACUUGUUUCGAACCGUUCGUAUGAUAAAGUUGGAAUUUAUUUCUCAGAUCGAGAGUUUAUUUUAAUUAGGAUUGUACAGGAAUUAGUAAAAACUUUGAGGAUGCUCGUCGAUAAGCUAAACGUUAAUGUAAAACUCAACGAAGACUCCAUACAAACUGAUAUAGAAAGUGUUUAUCAAGUGGAACAGGCCAGCGAUUAUGCCAUUUUCUUAAACGUUACCGAUUUUUAUCAGGAUAUUUUUGAGCAUGCCGAUGCGAACAUGUUCGAGCAUUGUAUUUGUAAAAUUAUUAAUCAUAUGGUAGGCAAAUGCCUGAAAUAUCCCUUGGUUAGUGGCUUUUAUAAAUUGCUCUCUUAUAGUUUGAAGAUUGGGAAUACUUUGAGACUGUUUGAAAAAAACAAUAUAACUCUCAAUCAAGACGUUAACAAUUGCAAAGAAAAUUUAGCGAAAUUCGUUAGUUAUUUGCUACAUAAAAUGAAGCAGUUUAAAGACGAACUUCUUAUCGCUUGUCUGCACGUUCUUAUGGAAUGUCCGGUAGUUGUUAUAGAGCCCGUAUUGGCAACAUGCACAGGAAUUUUUACAACUAUUUUUGAAGUGGGCAGGAGCUAUAUAACUUUAGCGAACUUGGGGCUGUCCACCUUGGCACGCUGGCAAAAUACCAUAAAAAAAGAAGAGUUCGAGGAAUUUUUAGUGCAAGUUAUUCCCUGCUUGGAUAGUUAUUUGAGAAGCAGAUCAUUGGGCGUAAUUUCAAGCUCCAAUACCGCCGUUGAAAAAAAGCGUAAAACCGCGAGACAGUUAAAGCGGCGUGCCGUUGGGGUGGAACUAGAGCCGGAAUUGGUUAAAUUCCAGAAAAGGGUGUUACAUUUUGUCGGUAAUCAGAACAGCAAGGUUUGUAAGGCUUUUGUGGCACCUGAUGUUAAUUUUGAAAGGAAGGUUACCAGUGAUACGCUCCAUCUUAAAGUGGUUUUACCUUACAAUGAUAUGGCUCUGGAAAUUUUUCUUGAACCUUUUAUUAUGAGGGUGGUCGAGCUUUCCCAAUACUCUAGCGAUAGGAAAACGAGGAUAAUGGCUUGUGAACUAUUACAGGCUUUUGUAGUGGUAUUCUUGGGAAGAACUAAACUAAUGGCUACUUCUGGAUUGAUAGACUUAGAAGAACUUUUAAGAAGUAUAGCACUGCCCCUCUUGCAAUUGGCUUGCGAUAUGGACCAAGUUGUAAGGCAAAUUUUCGAGCCUCUAUUCAUGCAGUUGAUCCAUUGGUACACUUUCAAAGUGAACAAACAGAGCCUUCAUUUGCAAGUUAUUGUUGAAGUUCUUAUGGAGGGUAUUACACAUCCCACUAACUCCUCCCUCCGUGACUUUUCUGGAAAAUGCAUCAAUGAGUUCGUUAAAUGGACCAUCAAACAAACCUCUGAGAACGAAUUAAAAUCGAAUCCGAUAAAUAUCAAAAUUUUGGUGAAACGCAUGAGAUUUUUUAGCCUGCAUCCCGAUUUAGUUAAGAAACUAGGCGCCGCAUUGAUUUUUAAUAAUAUUUACAAAGAAAUCAGAGAAGAGAGGGCUAUUAUCAGCAUUUUUGCGGUGGAACUGCUACAUAUUUUUGUGUGUAGUUUGGCUUUAUUGGAGUAUUCGAACGAAGAGGUCGAUAAUACAGUACAUCAGAUCAACAAAGCCAUAAGCCAUUUAAAGCGAAUUUUCUUGGAAAGAGCAGAAAUGUUUCGACGAAAUGACGAUAAGAGGCGUAUUCCCUCAGAUAUACCGAAUGAAAACCUGACUGGACUAACAACAUGGCUUCUUACUAUGACAGGAAGUAGAAGCAAAUAUUGUAGGAAUAUUUGCAUGGAACUGUUUGUACAUUUUCAGCCUCUGUGUGAUCAAAAAAUGUCUAUGCAAAAGUUCGUGCAGACCUCUUGUCCGAAUAUUUUAGAGGUUUAUGAAGAACAUAUUAAAAAACAUCCGCUAACUGAAGCAAAUUUUACGGAAACGAGCAUUAUCUUGCUAAAAUGGCUACAAAGUCUAUUAUGUCUCAUAGAUGGGUACAUUUUUGUAAUAAAAAAUGGGCUGGUUAUCGUGGAUCUCGAUGAUAAACUGGAGGCAAUCGAGUAUUUUCUAAUAAAUAUGCAGACUUUAACAGUUGAACAAGCAUUAAAAUUGAUCUACAAGUCAUUACCACUACCUUAUUGUACUAGUGAGAACAAGGAGCAAUUUAUAAAGCUCAAAUCGUUAUGUAAUUUAGCUAUUCUAAAACUGGCUCAGACGAUUCUUAAUAACAACGAAGUUCUACAGAAAAAUUCAUCAUUUUGGUCCAAGCAGAGCGUUUAUUAUUUAAUUAGAAACUCAAUUUUUUAUCCAAACUCUUUAGGGUUUGACGAACAAUUUGCACAGCAAGAAUACCGCGAUAUUUUGUUAAUUUUACUAAAUAAUUUUCCCAGAAAACUUGAGAAAAGUAACGUAAUUGAGGUGACAGAUGUUUUGAAAAAGUAUUUAGCGGACAGCUGGGAUUUAGAAAUUGAUUUAAACAAGAAUGUUAGUUUAAAGCAAAGAAGUAUUUUAAAAGGACUUCUUUUGAUCCAUUCCAGUCAACUAGAUCUUCACUUCAACACCCUAGAUUAUUCAAAAGGACUAAUAACCAAACUAAUAUCAAACUUCUACAAAAACCUGGACCAAAACACAAUUUAUAUAGGACGUCUCUCUGAAGCCACUACGGAAUAUUUAUCUUUAAUUUUGCAAUUUUCUUUAAGCAACAAACAAGAAUUUUUAGUUUUUUUGGGCCAUUUAAAUGAUAAAACUAAUGUCAGGUGUCAAGAGUUAACCGACGUUGGCAAUAAUAUGCCUUUCGGUUUAUAUUUAGUCAGUAUGUUUGCUGAUACGGUUGUCAAGUUUUUACUUGAUGAUUUUGAUGCGUUUUUGGAUAAAUGCGAUGACGUGGAAAUGACUAUAAAGAUUACCAGGUUUAUAAUGAAAUACAUCGAAAAUAACAAAACCGCUUUCAAAGAUCGACUUUCAAAAAUCUGCGAAGGAUUAUUAACAAAAUGGUUCAUAUUUCAAAUGUAUUUUGAAGAAAAUAGCAUCGACUUAGGUUUAGAUUUUGUAAAACAAUUUUGUAAAAUUUUCGCCCAAUUCCAUAUGCACUUCGACGACUUGCAAACCUGGGUCUUCACUCUCAUUGGUAAGGAGGAAAUGUUGUUAUCGGAACAAGAAGGCUUAAACUUAUAUUUGAGUAUAUUUAAUGCAACUUGUGACGUUGUGAUUGAUGAUAUUGAGGGUCUAAGUACCGCUUUAGAAAUUCUACAGGUAAGGCUAGAACCUUAUCUAUCAACUCAGUCUUUAACAGAAAAAUUAUUGAGCAAUCUUCCAAACGUCAAGAAUGUCACUAUUUUAACCUUCUUAAUAGAGUUUUACUUGAAGAACAUACAAUCAAUUAAAGAUACCGACCUAAGCGAAUUGCUGAAGAACUUUAUGGCAAGAAAUGCAGAAGUGGGUCAACAGCUGAACAUUUUAAACGCGAUUUACCGCCUUUCUGUAAACGUCAAUAAGACAUUUGAUCAGAAGAAACUUUUAGUCCACGCAGUGUUGCCCUCUAUUUUUAAUAAUAGUAACCAUACAGCCUUUUGCCAAUUUUUUAAGGAAAAUAUUGAAGAUAUCAAAGAGCGUUUACAAAGUGGCAACUUAAACCGCUGUGUCGCUUUGGUCGACUUUUUACUGGUGGAGCUGCUGUUCUUAAGAGUGCCUAUUGGUUGUAAGGAAAAAGAAGGAGGUGAAUUUGAUGAGGUGGCAGGUACUAAUUUGAGGAAUGAGUUGCUUAAGGUGGCACUGGGUGCCUUGAGGGAUAACACGAAUGAGGAUAGUGCCGAAUACCAAAGGGUUUAUAAGUGCAGCGCCUAUAAAGCUCUUGCUUCAAUCAUUACUAAUUCAAUAAAGUCGAUUAGUUUUUACCAAAAGUUGUUCGUGAGACAAGAAAAUGGCCAAGAUAUUUUGUGGAGUUCACUUAUAGAUACGACUGUAAAUUAUACUUUUCCUGUCGACUUUGAUAGUUAUCCUAAAAAGAGAAAAGUUUUAGUAAAUAUUAGGGAUGGUCUGAGGCAGGAAAGGAUAGAAAACAAAUCAAAAUCAUUAAAAUAUAUAGAGUCUCAAAGGCUGUUUACCAGCUCCCUCAAUGAAGAUGUGACCAAAUUCGAUUUUACUAGUAGCGUUUUAAGGACAUCCAAUCGCUCUAAUAUUGAAGGAACCAUAAAUAAUGAUGAUACUGAAGUUUCUGAUACAAAAAUAAUUCAGGGAGAAAUUUAUUUAGAAGCUACUGAAAUAAACAACCAUGAACUUAUGGCUACAGUUUGUGGUAUAGUCGAGCAUAUUUUCAGUACAGGCAUUAAUAGGCUUCCGGAAGAUCCUGAUGAUAUGGUGGAGUUUCCUCCCUGGAUGGAAGGUAUCGUUCAACUUUUACUUAAUCCUGCCACACACAAAAAUAUAAAAAUUUUCUGGGUUAAAGUCAUUGAUAACAUGGUGCAUAUAUUUCGGCAUUUCGCCAAGUAUUUUAUGCUGCCCCUGCUGCAAUUCCUUGACGAGAAAAUCGCUGGGGACGAUUUGAACUAUUUUGUCACCGACGUUAUAGUUAUUUUAGCCUCUUGGACUUCUUUGGUCACUCCCACUGAAAAAGAAAUAGAAUUAGCCUCUAAUUUACUUAAUCAUAUGACAAAAACCUUAACAAAUGAGCGUAGGGAAAUGUUUAAGUAUAACUUGGAUUUGAUUAAAUUAUUUGUGGAAAACUGGAGAUCUGUAGAGGUUCCUUAUGCAAGUCUCGGAGAACGGUUUAAGAUUGAUAGUGAAGUGGAAGUUGGGAUACAUUUGGCAUCGAUAUUUUUGGUAAAUGGCCAUCUCCCAUGUAAAGAGUCAGACAUAAAUACCUUUUGGAGUAAGUUGACCAAAGUUCUCUCGUCUUCUGACAAACCGAGCAUUUAUAAACCAUGCGCAGAAACUACUGGGCUAAUGCUGAAAUAUCUUAAAGAAAACGAUUUAGAAUUGUCAAACUUUAGUGCCAAUCUAAUAAAAAUGAUUAUGCAUUUUUGGAACACCAACAUUAACAAGUAUGCUGGCUGUCUUGAAGGGAUCACCAUUCAUUAUCCAGAAAUAGUCGAUAACCAUCACAUAUUGAAAUUAUUAAAUCGCUUGAGUCAAAGUGAGCAAAGCUUACAAACGAUAUUUUUAAAAGUAAUAUUUAAAAGAGCGGACAUUUUGGGAGACAUUGACUCGUUUAAAACGGAAGAUUGGAGUAAAUACUUGGAGAGCCAAAACGCCGAGGUGCAACUAAUUACUUUGGAAAUUAUAUUAAAGACUUUUAGCUAUUUUAAAGAUGUAAAAACCUUACUGCCAAUUCUUAAAAGUAUUUGUAAAAACUUGUUGAACCCAAACGUAUUUUGCCGCAGCAAAAUGUACGAUAUUUUAAUGGCGAUUCUGAAAAACGAAGACAUUACAGACGAAGAUGUAGUAAUGCUUUGCAAAGAAAUUCUCAUUCAAGGGCUUACGGAUUCAGACCUGGAUAUUAGAGCGAAAAUAAGGGAAUUUUGGUCUAAAUACCCAGAGAUACCCUCAAAUAUAUCUGGUAGAUUUUCUUAUUUACUUUCUAACUUUUAUUUGGCGAAAGUUGAAGAACACUUCUUAGGAUAUGUUUCGUACUUUCUUCUAAACUCUUUGGAACCGGAGGAAUGUAAAAAGUCACUUUUCGAACACCCGCUGGAAGAUUGCGAUUUUGAAGAAUAUCAGUUGCAAACUAAUUGGAGAUUACAACAUCCAUCAGUAGUGCCGCUGUUUGCGGAAACCCUAAGGACCUUUACUGCUGGCCUGGACGAUGGUGAAGUAUCUUCAUCAAAUUUGGGGCAAUUGAGGGCAACACAGGAUAACUUUUCGUUCGCCCCGACACAGCAGAGUCUUCGAGACAGGCAUAUUUCUCAAAUUACAGGGCUGGAGAGUAGUCUUACAAAGUCCUCUCUCAAUGACUCCGCCUUUCUGAAUCCGAAUGCUUUGCAGCUUUCUCAGAGGUACAAGUUACCCAAAAGAAGAUUUUUACGCGAUAAAGUAAAAAUCGCCGCUGGUUUUGCGCAUUUGGCAGUGGAAGAAAAAAUUAAGAAAUUUACUAAAAGGUAUGAAGAAGUAAAAGAACGAGAAAAAAAAGUUACAAUCUACCGAAGUUACCGAAAAGGCGACUUUCCCGACAUCCAAAUUGCCUUAGACUCCUUAAUCAAGCCCCUUCAAAUGUUGGUGAUGCACGACAGUGAACUAUCGAAAAUUCUUUCAUCUACCGUGUAUAAAGCCCUUAAAGAAAAACUGAAGGAUACCAAUGAAGACUUUACCAUAAAAGUCGCAGAGGGCAUUAGAAAAAUAUUUACUUCGUCGACCAGCCAUAACGUCAACGUUUUUUCCACUUUAUUAGACAUUUUGCUUAAGAGCAAGAAGGAAAUACGGCUGGAUCCUGCACUCAUUUCAAGAGUUUGCCAGCAGAGUGGCUUGAUAUCUGUUGGCACACUGUUAAUAGAAGAGUACAUAAUGAACCUUGAGGAUGUGCCAACGUCAUCAAAACGUGGUACUGGAGCCGAAAACUUGGAAAUGCGACACUGGCUAAAGUUAGCAGAGUUAUACAAGGAGUUGAAUGAGUGGAAUUUGGUUCGUACAAUCUUCUUAGAAAAAUCCAAUUGUAAAGAAGAUGUUCACAAAGGUAUUACAAUGGAAUCCCAAAAAAGAUGGCGAGAAGCUCAGGAAACCUACGAGAAACUGUUAAAUAUAGACUUCUCUAUUGAGCGGCAAGACUUUUACUAUGAGAGUUAUUUUAAAUGUUUGGCCCAUUUAGGUGAAUGGGAAAAGGUGCCGAGAGCGGUAGAUGCGUUGGUGCCAGAAGGAGGCGAGAACACAUGGGAUUCUUUAUGGGAUAACGAUUGGUAUCAACAGAAAAUAUUGCCAUGGUAUCUUGAGGCCCAUGUCAAAAAUAUUUUGUUUUCUCCAGAUGUGGAUUGUAAAACGUUUUUGGAGAAUAUUAACAAGUCUUUAACCACUCCCGAGCAAGCCGAAUAUAUGAAAAAUAAAUUCUCAGAACAAUUAUGUAUUUUGUGGUUAACCCAGAAAGACGCAGCACAGGCAAACCAAUAUUUAAAAUUCAGCAUGGAUAACUUUUUACUGGACUGGCAACUUUUAAAUCCCAUGUUUGGCAGCUUAAGAUAUAGCAAAAUUUUAGACCUACGCACUUUAGUAGAAAUAAAGCGCUUUCUAGACACAGAUAUAACGCUGACUAAUAAUGACUCUGCUGAACAAGGCCUAAAAAUUCUAAUGGAUUAUUGGAAAACGACCAAAAAUGAAUAUUUGCCCUCAAUAAUUUUAAGCGAAUCCCAAUUACUUUAUAGAAAAUUAUUUUCCAAGCUGCUUGCCGACAAAAUGACCGCUUUGGGACAGUUCGAAAUGGUCAAAGAACUCAAGAAGACCAACAUAUUAUUGGAUAUCGCUUUUAUGAACCUCGCAGUGAACGAAGAGAAUUAUUACAUGACCAGAAAGUAUUAUAAAGAAUAUGCUAACAUGAAACAUCCAAGCUUAACUAUGAUUUGCGGCCAUAUAACUUAUCUGUACGCCAACCUAUGCAGCGAUUACGAACUAAAAUUGAAAAAAUUGCUGGACAGUCUAAAAAAGUUUAAAGAGGUUGCGGAGAGCUCCAGAGACGAGAAAGCCACUACGUCUCUUUUGAAAAUUUUCGAUAUAAGCCAAAAAAUCACCGAGUUAUUUGUUAGUAAACCGGAAUUCUAUGAGAAAUUGGAAACUGAUUUAACUCAGAUUUUUGGUGGUGAAGAGUCGCCCCCAGAUGUUGCCGCGCGAGCUUUAAAAGAUGAUGCUUUAAAAGGUCUAGAUAAUGGAGAGACUUAUGGUGUAGAGAUUCUAAAAGAAAAAAUUAACGCCUUAGUAAAACUGGCAUAUUUUGUACAGAACUCUGAAGAUCAAGAAGCAGAUUUUGCCCUUUUCGUCUUAAAAGCCAUGAAACUAGGCUCUAGAGAAGCAAGACAAUUGUUCCCUUGCAUAUUAAUGAAAGAUUCAUUGGAAAAUGAAUUGAGAGAAUUAUUCUUAAGGGAGAGCCAAGAUGUUCCUAUUUGGAUGUUUUUGGGAUGGAUACCUCAGUUAUUAGCCAAUGUGGAUACACCAAAAAUUGCAGCAAUAUCAGAAAUAAUUUUAAAAAUAGCAAAGACAUAUCCGCAAGCGAUAAUUUACUCUUACAGGCUGAGCAAAGAGAAUUUUUCCAACACAGAUAAUUUAGAUCAAGAAGAAACUAAAAAUUUAAUUGAUGAGCUUGAUCGAUUGCUUUUGAGUGAUUCUCGGGUAGAUAAGUUUUUGGAGGCUUUGUCAAAAGUUAGCGUCCCACUGUCGUCUAUUUAUUACCAUUUAAAUAAAAUGUUCUCUGCCACUAGUAUAGGAGCAAUGAUGGAGGCAAAAGACGCCAUUAUGAACUUUUAUUUUAAAGAGAUUUCUGACACCAGAGGUUCGAACAAUAUGCAAGGAAAUAUGUACAAAAAACUGAAAGAUCUUAAGUCGCAUAUUGAAAAGAUCACAAUACGAACACCUAUAGAAAAGGCGAAAGAUAUUAUAAAAGAACUGGAACAAAAGCGUAAAAUACUACUUUCUAGUUCUUCAGAGUCCAAGUUGUUAAAAGACUACUGUCCCUGGUUAGCAAACUUUUCAGCCGGGAAAUUUAAUUUAGAAUUAGAAAUUCCCGGACAAUAUACUGGCGAGAAAAUUCCACUUGUCCAACACCAUAUAAAAAUAUCAGGAUUUACAGAUCAGGUAUCGGUGAUGUCGUCGUUGCGUAAGCCGAUAAAAAUUACCAUGAUCGGUAUGGAUAGUAAGGAAUAUCCUUUUUUGGUGAAAUUCGGCGAGGAUAUUAGGCAAGAUCAAAGGAUUCAACAACUGUUUGCAUUGAUGAAUAGUAUUUUUGCUAGCGAUAAUAAAACACAUCAGGUUUUGACAUAUCAGGUUGUGCCUCUAACAACUUCUCUUGGUAUUAUUCAAUGGGUAGAUCAUACAAUAUCAUUAAAAAAUUUUAUGUCAAAAACAUAUCCUAUAAAUGGAGCUAUUGAACGGAUACGCAAAAAAUAUAAACAAUUUUUGGUGAAAGGCGACAGUGACAUGGAAAUUUACGGAUUGACGGCGAAGACAAAAAAUAAGGAAAUAACUGAGCCAUUUUUCUAUAGUUUGGUACGAGAAAUACCUUUGGACGUUCUCAGAAAGUCAAUAUGGUCCGUAAGUUUAACCACGGAAUCUUUCAUAGCGUUCAAAGAAAACUUUAUCAAAAGUUACGCUGCUCUUUGCGCCUGCCAGUGGCUUUUAGGAAUCGGAGACAGACACUUGGAAAAUUCGAAAGUUUGCAUCAGAAAUGGAAAAAUUCUGGGUAUUGAUUUUGGACACGCUUUUGGCACAGCCACCCAGUGCUUAUCAGUGCCUGAAUUGGUGCCUAUAAGGUUAACACCACAUAUCGUAGGACUGAUGGAGCCUCUUAAGGAAAAAGGUUCAUUUAGGGACGUUUUGCUCGAUUGCCUGCAAUCUUUAAGAGAUAAUAAGGCACCGUUGGUGGCCACAAUGAACGUCUUUAUAACGGAACCUUCAGUUGAUUGGCUUGAAACUGCCAACAGGGUUUUGAAAACUGGUGAUAAACAUCAUUGGUAUCCUUCACAAAAGAUCGAGCAAGUGAAAAGAAAAUUGGAAGGGGCAUCACCGACAGCAAUUCUUGUAGAAGACGUCGAAUGGUCGGUGUAUUUUCAGUCGAAACAAGAAUUAUUUAAGAAUUACGUUGAGCUAGUAGAGGGAAAUGAGAACCUUAGAUCCAAAUUAAAGUCCAAAGAAACACUAUCUGCCGAAGAACAAGUAGAUGUUUUAAUAGAACAUGCCACCGAUCCCAACCUCUUAGGAAGAAUGUACAUCGGCUGGGAUGGUUUUGUGUAAAAUAGAUGCAAUAAUUGCAAUUUUUAGUUUUCAAAAUUUAAGAUGUAUAAAUGUGAUACUUAUUCUACAUUACUGUUUUUAUCUGAAUUCUAGAAAAUAUUGAAUUAUAAAUUAUACAGGUACGCUUAAAAGAAUUUUAUUUUAUAAUAAAGAGACCUUAUGAAAAAUUCA